ACCCAUUGUUGCACCAUGCGUGACGGCAAGGACGACGACGUCGCGCUUCAGGAGAGCGCGAGGAAGAUCCAAGGCAUGUAUCGUGUCCGCAUGGCUCGGCGGCGGCUACGCGAGCUGCUCAAGGCAGUUGUUGAGCGCUUCUACGACGAGGAUUCAGGCAUGUAUUACUACUACAACGCCAAGACUGGCGAGAGUUCGUGGUUCAAACCCACCUUACUCGGCAGCGACGAAGCGAAUUUAUCAGCUAUUUAUGCCAACAACACAGACGCCGUCGCUUCAGGAGGCGAGAAAGUGGACUCCCCCAUCGCGGUUGAACACGUUCAGAAUCCCCUAGAAGCCAACAACGAAGAAUCUGUCAUAAAGGAGUUGCCCGGCAUUGGCGUAGGCACUCCCUUAGCCCAAGAUGCCCCACUCAACGAACCCGCUGCAGACAUCAACCCCUCCACGAUCCCAGACAGCCGCGCCGAGACUCCGCCAGUUCCAGACAUGUCAACUCCGGUCGACGAUGAGACUCAACUCAACGACACCUCUGAAGCUUUUACACCAGAGGAGGUCGCCCUCAUCAAAGAGCAAUUUCAAAAAUUCGACCCAGACAACAGCGGGUCGAUCUCGGCCGAAGAAAUGAUGGCGAUCAUGCAUGCUUUUGGCGACACAUCAACUCUGGACACGAUCAAAGCGUUGAUUCAUGACGUGGACCGCGACGGCAAUGGAGAAGUCAGCGUGGAUGAGUUUAUCAUGAUUCUACAAAUGCAGCGCGGGAAGGAUUCGUGUUGUCCGUCCCUCGAGCUUGCCAUCAUGUUCGGCCCCGAUGAAAUCGCAAAUUUGAAGCGCCAGUUCCAACAGCUGGACAAAGACAGCAGUGGCGAAAUCGACGUCAGCGAGCUCGCGAUUCUCAUCAACAGCCUCGGACAGGACGUCACCCCUGCCCAACUCCGCGAGAUCAUCGACGAAGUGGACCGCAACAAGAAUGGCACGAUUGACUUCAAUGAGUUUUGCCACAUUGUCUACAACAUGCGCAACCCGACGCAAAGCCGUACGAUCUCCUCCAACCGAUUUGCGACGUUGCUGCAUUUGGGGGUGGCCAAAGGAUUGCUUAAGGACUUGGGCAACGUCAUGAAUGCGACGGGGGCACGUGUGAUGGCGUGGUGGAAUGCCGACAAGAUCGCUGAAGAACAGCGCCUCAAAGCCAAACGAGAACGAGCGCUGGAGCGGCAGCGACUCUUGCGAGAACAGUGCGUUUCACAAAAGCGGCAGAUUUUCCAGGAAGAGCUCGCGAGGUUAGCGGAAGCCGAAAAGGCACGGUGGGCCGUUGUGCCCGGCCUGCAACACGAGAUCUUGUUUGACGGCGAUAAGGAAAACUACCCAAACAAGGGCCAGUACGCCCGCGUGCAUUAUACAGCUAUGUUUGAAAAUGGUCAAGUGUUUGAGGCAUCGCGUAAGCGAGGUGGCGCGCUCGAAUUCAAAGUCGGGGCCGGCCACGUGAUUCAAGGAUGGGAUCUCGCAAUUCCUCGGAUGAGCGUGGGGGAAACCGCCAAGAUUACUUGUGCGCCCAACCUUGCAUACGGCGUUCGGGGACGCCCACCGAAAAUCCCGCCCAAUGCCACGUUGGUGUUCAAGGUCGAAUUGAUUGCGAUCCACGAAAAGGUGCGCAUGGACCAAGGGGCUGAUAGUGACGACGAAGGCGCAAUGUGA